GGCGAAGUUGGGCAAGACAGGCGCCUUGAUCUAGAGAUACGAGGGAUUUCCCCUCAGCAAGCUUACCACUAAACGACGAUAGUGGCUGUUUGGGUGACACAAAAACUUGCCCUAGUCAUUGGAUCCACGUGGUAGGCUCUGAGAUUGAAGAGCGGAGAACCCGCACCUAUACGAGGCCGCCCAUAUGGUUAGGCCUGUCAGCCUGGGGAAAUAUAAGAGCCUGUACAUGUCGCAGAAGUCUCGAUUGUCAAGAUACAGAACCUUUCUCCAGACACAUCACUGCAGUCCCGUAUAUCCAUCGUCAUCAUGGGAUCCCUCCCAGCAGUUGUCGAUUUUGAUGCCCCGAGCGACAAGGUGUUGAGCCCAUCUUUCCUGGCUCACGUCGUCUUGCGCACCGGAAAGUUGAAGGAGAUGGUGGAUUUCUAUACGACCUUCCUCGGGGCCCAUGUCACCCACGGGAACGAUUUCCUUUGUUUCAUCACCUACGACCACGAGCACCACCGCAUCGCCCUGGUUCAGCUUCCGGAGACUGGGCCAAAAGUCAAUGCCAGCGCGGGAUUGCACCACAUUGCCUUCACUUUCGCAAGCUUGUCGGAUCUCCUGCUGUCGUAUCGCCAGCGCAAGGCCAAGGGUUUCCUGCCGGCUUGGUGCGUCAACCAUGGCCCAACAAUCUCGAUCUACUACAAGGACCCGGACGGAAACAUGCUGGAGACUCAAGUGGAUUGUUUUGACACGCCCGCUGAGGCCACUGAGUACAUGAUGGGCAAGGAAUUCGCGGAGAAUCCGAUCGGGGUGGAUUUCGACCCAGAAGACUUCAUCGAUAGGAUCAGGCGAGGAGAGCCAGAAGCCAAUCUGAAGCGCAGACCGGAUAUUGGCCCCAGAGGGCCGCCUAAUCUUGACGAUGCGUGAGCACUCACGUGGAGGAUGGAAGUCAAUGGCAGAGAAGGCCAUCCGCAAGUCAUGAAUGUUUUCUGGUGGUUCGAUUUGGGAAGGGACUUGACCAGAAUUCCUCGACCCUUCCACGAUUGUCAUUUUCACAUGUCAAUUACCUUUCAACAUCAAGUACUUGCUCUUCGUGUAUACCUUGGGAUCACGUAUCCUCUCCCACAUAUGAGCAUUCUG